UUCUCUGUUUAUUUACAGGCACACAGUACUUGCAUACAAUUGUCGAUAGAUUGAGUUUUAAGUUAUUGUCGUAAACAUAAUGUAUGAUUUCUGAGAACGCAAAAGCUCACCAUGCUGUACCUGAAAACGACAGUACUGAAUGUUUUCAGAGGACGUUUUACGGAAAACUUCUGUUGGAGAAGAAGACUCUGCACGAGACAAUAUCUGUCAAGGAGAAACUUUUCCCAUCAGAAGAUCUCGUCACCAUGUUCUCACGCACAGAGGAGUCCACUGUUAUUAUCUGAAUUUAAUUGUCUAUCUGCGUUUAUAAGAUGUGGUGGAUCAAGAGGCUUGUUUGGAGGACCCCGUGGCACUGCUCGGCAGCAAACCUUGGAGGACAUUGCGGCAAAUAUAAGAGAAAACAGGUUUAAAAGGAUUGUGGUGAUGGCUGGUGCAGGCAUCAGCACACCCAGUGGAAUCCCAGACUUCAGAUCGCCAGGCAGUGGUCUUUAUGACAACCUUCAACGAUACAAUCUACCCUAUGCUGAGGCCAUAUUUGAAAUAAAUUACUUCCAUCACAAUCCCGACCCUUUUUUUACACUUGCCAAAGAGUUGUAUCCUGGCAAUUACAAACCCAACCUGACGCACUACUUCAUUCGACUGCUUCACGAUAAGGGCCAGCUGCUCAGGAUGUACACCCAAAACAUUGACAGACUGGAGCGAUUGGCAGGCGUUCCUCCUAAGAUGUUGGUGGAGGCACAUGGAACGUUUGCAACAGCCACCUGCACGGUCUGCCGCAUGGAUUACAAAGGUGAAGAGCUCCGGAAUGAUAUAAUGAAAGGAACCGUACCCCGAUGCUCUGUCUGUAAUGGAGUCAUCAAGCCUGACAUUGUGUUCUUCGGUGAGGAACUUCCUCAACAGUUCUUCACGUACCUUACAGACUUCCCGAUGGCAGAUUUGCUCAUCGUCAUGGGAACAUCUCUGGAGGUGGAGCCCUUCGCCAGCUUAGCUGGUGCGGUGCGCAGCUCCGUGUCACGCCUUUUGAUAAACCGAGAUCUUGUGGGGCCGUUUGCUGGGGGGUCUUCAUGUCCCAAUGACGUUGCCGAGGUGGGUGACGUUGUUAGUGGGGUAAAGAAGCUGGUGGAGCUCCUCGGCUGGAUGCAGGAAUUAGAUGACCUAAUGAGUGUGGACACCUCGGAUUCAAUGAAAAGAGAAGAAUGAGCAGUCUGACUUGGGAUCGGUUUCAAAUCUGCUGUUGGCCCCCCUCAGUAGUGUGCAUGCAUGCAAUUAUGGAAACCGUUUAUUAUGUGUUGACAAGUUGUACAAAGAUGGGUUGGCACUCCAUCCAGGGUGUAUCCUGCCUUGAUGCCCGAUGACUCCUGAGAUAGGCACUGGGUCCCCGUGACCCGAGGUAGUUUGGAUAAGCGAAGAAAAUGGAAUGGAAUGGAAGUUGUACAAAGUGGGAAAUGGAUAUCUAUGAAAAUCUAAAUCAAGUGACCUCCAUUCUUGUAGCAAUUCACAAGCAUUUAUAGGUAUUAUAGACCAUUUUUCAAGAUGUCAUCAACAUUUUUUAUUUUGCAUAUAUAAUUAAGUCCUAAAGAUGUUUAUUUAAAAGUUUGAUGUAAUUGUUAAUGUUCUGUAGGUUGUAUUUCCUUGUAACGUUUGUGUAGUGUUAAACUGCAACAGGAAGAGCUUCUGGAUCAAUGGUCUUUACGUCUUGCAGAGACGUAUAUAUACCUUAUAUUAUUUAAAAAAUGUAAUACAGUAAUAAAAAGUAAAUUUCUUUAAAUCUCAGGUUAUAUUUUAGUUUUUUAAUAAUGAUGUUAAAUUCUGUUUAAAACUUGUAAAAAGUAAAAAACCAUAAUACACUGAAAACAGGUGGGUACAUUUUUGCGUAAUUGUAACAUCUCGUCUCGUAUGUGAAAAUGCAUUAGAUGAAGUGCAUGAAUGCACCAACAUUAAAGACUUUCUUGGUUGGUCAGUUGUAAAUCCUGUUUACCCAGACAUUUACGUUAAUGCAUUUGGCAGACGCUUUUAUCCAAAGCGACUUAUAUUGCAUUAUCCUAUACAUUUGCUUCUAAGUAUGUGCAAUCCGCUGGAAUCGAACCCAUGACUUUGUGUAGUUAACGCAACGCUCUUACCACAGAGCUACAGGAAAGCUAUGUUUCAAGUUUCAAGCCAUCCUUUUUACUUCAUAUGGUGUGUAUGUUUUAUGGUAUGUUUAGUUGGGCUGCAUGAUCAUGGGUCAAAUGAUAAUAACGCUAAAUUUGCAAUUAUUUUGUCAGUUCAGAACUUUUGUUUUUUAUUUCACUUCAGCAUGUUUAUUAGGCCUAUACUUUACAGGCAAUAAAUAUGUUAUAAUCUGCUGCCAUUGAACUUCUGCAACACCGUUUUUCAAAUCACUCAAUCAAUCAUCAAAACACUCCACUACAAAAAUGAACAUUUUGUGACCUUCAGGAUGAAACUUUGGUACUCCAUUUUGAUAUCUUGUUUUUUAUAAUCAUGGUCACCCUUCAUGUUUGCCUGUGGAUUAAAAAACAAAUCCUGAAAAGUGCCAGUUUAAGAAAUACAAGCUUUGCGAUUAUUUUCUGACCUUAGUGGGAGUUUUGUGCCUAUCACAAUAAUUUUGCGAUAAACUAGACCUGUGUGAACAUAAAGGAGAACUUAAAAUCAACUUGAAUUAGUUGGUAAGAAGUGCCUUCAAUAAAUUGCUUGAAAAAGUGCAUUUUUUGCUACGUGUUUUGAUGUAUAGUUAUGUACAUUUACAUGUUUGCAUUAUUUAGAUAUCUUUUUAAAGUUAUUAACUUUGUCUAGUGCUGUUCAAUCGGUGCUGUUGAUAUUUUCUGGAGUCUUAAGUUGACACCUUUAAAAAGUUAAAUUAAAUUUGGUUUAAAAUCUCAGCCUAUCCAUGACAAUUGUUGACAACUCUGUGUUUGUCACCAUCAUAAAUGCUAAUGUUCAGGCAUUGGCACAGAAGGUU